GUUAUUUAGCUAUUACAAAUUAUUAUACACUAGUUCUUCUUUGGUUUUGCAGUCAUGACUUUACUUAUACUGAACUUGAGUUUGGUGUUGUUCGUGUUUUGUACUCGAGACGUUGUUUGUAAUACUUCAUGUCCGGACACAUGGGUGGCUGACAGAGGAUCAUGUUAUCUUUUUAAUCCAGAUAGAGCAUCUAACUACGCAGAUGCACGGCAAUUUUGCAGUCAACACAAUGGGCAUUUAGUCGUGAUUGAUGACGUGCAUGAAAACAAUUUCCUCAAGGAUUUUCUCAGGAGAUUGAAACCGAUGGGCUGGUGGAUUGGCCUCACCGAUGAACUUGUGGAAGGGGAAUGGAUAUGGUACCCUACAAAACGGAGACCUGAAUAUGAAGACUGGGUGCCUGGGGAGCCAAACAGUAACGGGGGAAAGCUGGAUGAAGAUUGCGCAUCUAUGUACCUAGAUAGACUGCACGUUAACUUCCAGUGGGUAGACGUUAGCUGCUUGCAGACACAUGCACCUAUCUGUGAGAGUGAAGCUAACAGUGACGGUAUCAUUGGAUGAAGAAUGUACGAUAUCUUGCUGUUUUAAGUACUUGAAAUGUUUAUUUCAUUAUAUAAAAUCUUGAGUAAAUAAUGAAUAAAUCUUUAUGUACAUGUA